CGGGACCCAAGACUGGGAAGCCGUCGCUGCGGAGCUCCAGGCCCGGAUCCUCUAUUCCUGCAGUUUCACCGCCGAGAAGUUGGUUCGAAGAGCUUCGAAAGCAACGCGUUGCCGAACUGAAGCGAGAAUUGGAGAAGUCUGAAGACUCCAUUUGGUCGGUAAUUGGUCGUCCUUUCUUAAUUUCCACUUUUCCCUUCUUCCUACACAAGAAGAAAGUAGAAAAGUUGAAGUUCUGCUUUGAUAAUCUUUUGUACCGAAAGUACCCCUGUUUUUCGAAAACCCCAAAACGCCCAUGUUCACGAAAGAGGAAGAUGACGUGUAGAAUCUGGCAAAGUGGCAAUGAGAUUUGGUCGGGGUCAUUUCGGGUUGGAUCGCUAAAAGUUGGACCAUAACCCUUUGGGUUGAUCCACGCGUCAGAUGGAUCAAUAGUUCAACCACAUGCGUCAUUUUGUUUUGAUCAGGUCAAUGUUUUUUUUUUUUUUUUUUUGAUAAAAAAGCAUAGAUGUUCAAUGAUUUUAAUGGUUCAACGAUCUGGUCAAUAUUGGUUUGGAAAUAGUCAAAUUGUAAUCCGCCCAAGUUGUUUUGGGUCGGGUCGAGUCACUUUUUGAUCGGUCAAAAGAUAGGGACCUAAUCCUUCUUUUCGUGUUGGGUGGGUCGGUUUCGUGGGUUGGAUCGACUUUUUUGCGAGAUCUUGUUGUAUCGUAAUUCGUACAUGUUAGCGUGUUAUCUGGCUAGGCUUUUUCUAUUCAAUUCCCUCGUGGUGGUGCUCAUCAUCACCAUUGGUUGUCUGAUAUCUACAAUCGUAAUGCGGUUCAGUGUUUAUAGGUCCCCUCCUGUGGGACCCCUUUCAUCUGUAUGAGUUAUGAAGAGGACACGUAUCACGUAUGCUUUGUGAGCCAAUUGCUUACGUGGGUUGUUGGGUAUCGUGUUUCAGUUCUCUGGAAUCAAAGCUUGAGAGCCUCAAAGCAGAAAGGGAAGGCCGCAACACUGAUUCCAGCUCAUGCCGGACAGAAUCGCCGGCGACCCUGGGAACCUCUGACGGAGUCGAUUUCUCCGGCAAAGAAACAUCAUCCAAGGAUGGACUAUCUGCUGGUAGCUUCACAGAAGAGACCACCAUUAAUUGGUCCUCUCAAUGCAAGGGUCCGGCUCCCGUGUCAGCUCAACAAGCUGAUAUUAAGCCAGAGUCAGUUGAGGAUUCGGACCGAGACAAGAAGUCGAACUUUGUAGAUAAACUAGAGGUCACUACUGUUGUGGCCGGCCGAGGAGGGAACUUGAGAAAGAGAAGAGGGAAGAGGAAGAGGAAGGAAUGUAGUAGUAAUAUUAGUAGGGACGUCAAGGAAGGGAGCGUUGCGGAGAGCGAUGUAAUGAGCUCCGCCAAUGUGAUUGUUGCCGUUCCGGAUAAGGAAGAAUCGACCCGAGAUUGCAACGGGAGCGCCAGACCCACCGACGAAAACGAUCGCAACGACCGUAACGGUGGGGUUGGAGUUGCUGAUCUUAUCGGAAUCUUUAACUCUGUUGUGGAGAAUGACUGUGCCUCAAUGUUCCGGCGCCGGCUCGAUAGCCAGAGGCGGUCGAGAUACAAGCAGACCGUGCGGCAGCACCUAGAUUUCGACACGAUAAGAACAAGGAUUAUCGACCAUUCGAUCAUGUCGAGCAAAGAGCUGUUCCGAGAUUUGCUUCUGCUGGCCAACAACGCCGCGGUCUUUUACCCCAAGAAUACCCGGCAACACAAAUCAGCCCUCGCCUUACGAGAACUCGCCAAGAAAACAUUCCAGCGGCAAUUCCUCAGUGAUUCUGGCCGAGAGACCGGCAGCUCGGCAACGGCAAACACGGACGCAGCUCUCCACGUGGUGGAAGCACCGAGGUUUAACCCACCCGUAAAGCCUCGAAGUAUACGUCCUUGCAACCGAAAAGUUAUCAGAAAAGUCAACGAUUUGGGAAAAUCUGUCCCUCAGAAUCCUUCGAGGGAAGGCAAGAAGUCAUCUGAAGCAGCUUCUCAGGUGGAGGCGUCGGCGGUGGCCAAGAAAAGCGUCGGUCGUCCCGGGAAGGUUGGACGGAGAGGUUCACGCAAACGGCCUGAAAGUCAGGCCAAAGGAAGAAAGAAAGCUCGUAGAACCUAAUCGUCAGGCCUUGAAGAAAUUCUUUGUGUUGUCCUUUUGUUGUAUAAAUUCAAGAGCCGUCUCAUUCUUUUGUUUUUAUUUUUUCCUCUGUAUGGAUGUUUGCAAUUUGUAUAGUCACGGCGGUUUAAAGGAGGAAAUAGUUUCUUGAAGACAAGGA